CAGUCCCAGUGCGCAGGCGCAACCCGGGUGACGAAGAUGGUGCUCAUCAAGGAAUACCGUGUAGUGUUGCCAGUCUCUGUGGAAGAGUAUCAAGUAGGGCAGCUGUUCUCUGUGGCUGAGGCCAGCAAGAAUGAGACAGGAGGUGGAGAAGGCAUCGAGGUGCUGAAGAAUGAACCGUAUGAGAAGGAUGGGGAGAAGGGACAAUACACACAUAAAAUAUACCAUCUAAAGAGUAAAGUCCCAGGUUAUGUGAAGAUGAUUGCACCAGAGGGAGCGUUAGUUUUUCACGAAAAGGCUUGGAACGCCUACCCGUACUGUCGCACAAUUGUGACGAACGAGUACAUGAAGGACGACUUUAUGAUAAAGAUCGAGACGUGGCACAAACCUGACAUGGGAACAAUAGAAAAUGUCCAUGACCUGGACGAGCAGACAUGGAGGACCGUGGAGGUGUCUCCCAUAGAUAUUGCAAACAAAGAAGAAGUAGCCCAUGGGGACUAUAAGCCAGAAGAAGAUCCUACUCUUUUCCACUCCGCCAAGACAGACAGAGGACCUCUCGGCCCUGAAUGGAAGAAUGAGCUGAAGACAGAUUGUCCAUACAUGUGUGCGUACAAACUGGUCACGGUCAAGUUCAGAUGGUGGGGUCUGCAGACCAAAGUGGAAAACUUCAUCCACAGGCAAGAAAAGCGUAUUUUCACCAACUUCCACCGCCAGCUGUUCUGCUGGAUUGACAGAUGGGUGGGUUUGACCAUGGAGGACAUCAGGCGGAUGGAAGAAGAGACCCAAAAAGAGCUUGAGGAGAUGCGUCAGAAGGGAGAUGUGCGAGGCACCUCUGCAACAGACGAGUAGAGGCCCGUCGCUGUAGGUCAAACACUAGAGGCAGGCUGACUGCGUAAUACAGGUCCGAUUCGAGGCACCAGUGCUGCUCAUGAGCAAUGAGGCAAAUCAACCAAACCCUGUCAUGAUGAUGUCAUCAGAGACACGUCCACCACGAUGAAGAAGUGGCCCUGACGUCGCCUCUUCUUUUCCUGUCUCACAUGAUUCAUUGGGGGGUUUGAGAAGAUUGGUUAACAGUACUGUACAGAUUCUACCCCAAUCACAAGCCUCCUGUUCACAACAGAAAACAUGGUUUUGCAUACAUAUAAAAAGAAAAAAAAACUCUUUGCACAGAACGUAAAUUGCCUGAUAUGUAAUUGUUAGUUGAUUAUUACAAUGGGCUUUGUUUUUAUUCAGGUGUGUAAACCGUGACUCAGAAAGUCAAGCCUUUUAAAUAAAUUAGAAUGUUGUUUUUAGGUAUACAGGUUCCCACAAAAAUUGGUAUAAGAUGACUUUAGCAGGUAUUGGACCAUUUAUCUCCUCACCUUCCCUUGUAUUAUACCUGUCUGUCUCUACUUUUAAUCCUUGUCUCUCCCCUCAAUAUUGUCUAUAUUCUUGUCCAGGUAAAAUUAUGUUUAGAUCUCCUCCCCUCCUUGUCUCACUGUCCCCUCUGUCUGGCAGUUGGUUGGGAAUACUGAUGUUUUUUCUUUAUUUUUAUAGUUUUUAAUUUGAAGGCGUUUAUGGUUCAAAGCAAAUUUUAAUGCUCAUGCAUGAUGGAUAAUUCUCUGCUAUUGUUUUCCCCGCACAUGCACACAUUUCAACAUGCACACCAGCCCUCCUCCUGCUCCUCCAUCACAAGUGCAUGUGGACAACAGCAACUCCUCGCUAAACUGUCAUUGCAUGUGUACUGUCGCUGCAAUGCAGCUGCGCUCAAGUGGAUUGUUUGUUUUGAUUAGAGAGAGAGAGUCUGUACAAUACACCCGUGUGUUAGUGUGUGCAUCUGUGUGCUUGUUUGUGUUAUCAACUGCCUUCGCUCUUAAAGGACUGUCACUCUUGAGAUGGAUAAUGUUCAGCUUAAUAUCAAGGCUUCUGCGUGGUGUCGGCACACGGCUGUCCUCUCACUCCAGCACCAGCUUGUUGAACUCUCCUCCAUGCAGCUGUCGCUGCAUGUCCUUUCUCCUCGGCUAGGACUUUAUCUGGACGGCCCCCACAAGCCUCCACAUUUCAUUUUUUUUCUUUUUUUUUUAACUGAAACAAAUGGGAGUUUGUGCGUCACAUCGUGCAUGAAUCAAGGGAGUUAAAAAAAUUAAAAUUAAAAAGAAGAAAGAACUUUCUCAGACUGCCGUUUUCGCUCUCACCUGACAGCAAAUAGGUCCAGGCAGAUGUUGUUUAAGUUGCAGUUGUGGAUUGACGAGCAUUCUGCGUGUAUAGUUUUUAUUUUCACAAUUUUUAAAAGAGUUUCAUCUACCUUUACUCCAAGAAAGUAUGAGGUCAGUUUUGACUUUUCUUGACUGUUUCUAGUUAAGGAGAAAAUCCCUUUUGUUAAAAAAAAAAAAGAGAGAAUUUGACCCUUACAGUUUAGAUCGAUGUCGGGUGAUGUAGUACAAGCCUUGAUCUGAAAACAGGUGGCAUCAUUAUCCUGCUCUCUUUCCUGCAUCACUAUGUUUUUUUAGUUUUUUUUAGGCUGCAUUGACUCGAGUCGUUUAUCACAGCGAGAGCUCACUUCAGUCGUCUUUAUUUUGAGCAUAAUGCAGAUCCUGUUUGGGCUCUAGGUAAAAUAUUUGUGAUGUUUUAUAUGAUCAUGAUGUAGCUUAGUGCAGAUAUACAGCUGUGAUCGAGACUUUGUAUCGAUCAGGUAUGAGUGUCUCUUAGGUUUUGUCGUAACCUAUCUGUGCGUGGUGUAUGUUGGACGGGUAAAAAGAGAGUUAUAAGUGUACUUUAUAAUAGGCCCAUUAUAGAAAUGGACAAACUGUACAUACAAACACAGACUUGAAUGGAAUAUUCACAGCUACUCAGCGGUGUCAGGUGUAUCAUUCAAUACUGCUAACUUAAAGUAAGUUAUAAUGUUGUCAGAGCAGGUAAUGUCAGCUCUGUGGACAGUGUGCUGUGUGUGUAAAGUGGAGCAAACUGUCCACGUGUUGUUGCUCGCACCAUGGUUCACCCAUACCUCAUCCAUGCUUGUGAAUGUACAGCUAGGAGACAGAUGUGUCAAAAUAUGCAGGAUGUUUCUGAACUGCAGGAACACUGACAUGUUUCACACCUGUACAAGCAUGACAUGGAGCCAUUAUAUCAUCAAUACACGAGGAGAGAUUCACUAAAAAACAACUACAGAUUUGGAUCUGCAUGCUCAAUACUGUUUUCUUUCUUUUUUUUAUUCUUUGUUUUCCUUUCUUUUGUCUUGUCGUGUUUGAUCAAGACAUCAGUGCUUUUGAGAAGCUCUUGAACUGCAUCAGACAAGAAGGGAAAUCCUUUCAAAGGGCGGCUUCUCCUCCGAAUCAAACUAGAUUCAGCUGGACCUCAGAUUACGGAUGGGGAGUGAAAAGCCUGACUGAGUUUGAUGAUGACGGGAGUCGCCCUGUAGGGUAGAAUAGGCUGCGUGAUGUACAGUUUUGUAGCAUUACCAGUUAUGCCAGCCAGGGUAUGACUGUGAGGGGAGGGAUAGAAGCAUAGGGAACAGAUGGAGUCCAAAAAACUGUUUUCUCUAUUGUAAUCAUAAAUAAGCACUUGCAAAAUCUACUGUUUUUUUCUGUUUUCUUUUUUUUGAAAGACAAAGAUUCACAAUGUACUCAAUUUUCUCUUUUCUGAUAAGGCAACAUUCAGGGGAAUUAGUAGUGAAUGUAAUACAAUUGGUUACUUUUUGUUUCUUUUUUUACAGCUUUCAGGCUGUCAGAAGGUCUAGACAAUGGAACAUAACAGAAUAUCUAAUAAAUUUGAACAAAUAAGAGAA